UGCAAACAAAGCGUACUUUGACCCGCCCUCAAACACUACAUUUGAGGUUGUGUCCUGUAAGGGUUAGGUUCGUGUCUAGAAGGCAUUGUUUUCUGCGCUGCAAAAGCAAAACCACUUUGCAUGGACUCCCAAAGGAUGAGGAUAUAAAACGAUACCACAGCAGUUCAACUCCGACUUUUGUUUGUGUUCCCGUCAUUUCUUUGACGACUGCUUCUCGAAUCUAGCAGAAGUCAAAGCGGGAUUUGCGAAACGAUUAUUCAUUAAAAACGGGGGUGUACCCACUUUUUUGGACCAUCUUGUGUCUCUGGAUCACUUCCUGUAACUGGUAGGAUGGUGGCAGUGGACGUAAGUGGGCACAGCUACUUGGUGGCGUGCUGGCAGCCCAUCCUAAUUUUACUGCUUGCUACUGUGCUGUCCGGCUCUACCACAGGCUGCCCAUCCCGUUGCGAGUGCAAUGCCCAGGAUCGUGCUGUUGUGUGCCACCGGAAAAAGUUGAUGUCAGUUCCUGAGGGUAUUCCAUCUGAGACAAGAUACCUAGACCUCAGUAAGAACCGCAUUAAAACAAUUAACCCAGACGAAUUCUCUGGGUUUCCCAACUUGGAGGAGCUAGAAUUGAAUGAAAACACCAUAUCCACCAUUGAACCUGGGGCCUUUAACAACCUGUAUGGCCUUCGGACUCUUGGGCUGCGCAGCAACAAGCUUAAACUUAUUCAGCUGGGUGUAUUCACAGGCCUCAGUAACCUUACCAGGCUUGAUAUCAGUGAGAAUAAAAUAGUUAUCCUGCUAGACUAUAUGUUCCAGGAUCUCUAUAAUCUACGCUCUCUGGAAGUGGGUGAUAAUGACCUGGUGUUUAUAUCCCACCGAGCAUUCCAUGGCCUCAACAGCCUGGAACACCUGACACUGGAAAAGUGCAACCUGACCUCUGUUCCCACAGAGGCCUUUACUCAUUUGCACAGCCUCAACACUUUGUGUCUGCGCAAUCUCAACAUUAACAGCAUCAGAGAUUAUUCUUUCAAACGCCUCUUUCGUCUCAAAGUUCUGGAGAUUGCUAAUUGGCCAUACCUGGACACAAUGACUACUAACUGCUUGUACGGUUUGAAUCUUACAUCCUUAACGAUCACCAAUGCAAAUUUAACCUCGAUCCCAUAUGUGGCACUCCGCCACCUGGUUUACCUACGAUUCUUAAAUAUGUCUUACAACCCCAUUGUAAUCAUUGAAGGGAACAAGCUACAUGACCUGCUCAGACUGCAGGAGUUUCACCUGGUUGGUGGUAGACUGGCUAUAAUAGAGCCAUAUUCAUUUAGAGGACUCAACUAUCUAAAGAUCUUGAAUGUGUCAGGGAAUGCUUUAAAUACCUUGGAAGAAUCAGCUUUCCACUCAGUGGGAAACCUGGAGACACUGGUGCUAUAUGACAACCCUCUGGCAUGUGACUGUAGGCUUCUCUGGGUAUUCCGUCGCAGGUGGAGGCUCAACUUCAACCGCCAGCAGCCCACAUGCACCUCACCUGAGUUCGUCCAGGGAAAAGAGUUCAAAGAUUUCCCUGAUAUCUUGCAGCCUAAUUACUUCACAUGCCGCAAAUCAAGAAUCCGGGACCGCAAAGCACAGCAGACGUAUGUGGAUGAAGGAACAACUGUGCAUUUUGCAUGCCAGGCAGAUGGAGAUCCAGCCCCAGUUAUCAUGUGGCUUUCCCCACAAAAGCAGUUCAUUACCCCAAAAACGAUAGGAAGACUUACCAUGUUUCCUGAUGGUACUUUAGAGGUGCGCUACGCUCAGAUCCAAGACAAUGGGACAUAUGUGUGUAUUGCAAGUAAUGCAGGUGGAAACGACACUGCUGUUGCUCACCUUCAUGUCCACAGCUACUCUCCUGACUGGCCCAACCAGCCCAACAAAACCUUUGCUUUCAUUUCUAACCAGCCCAGUGACAGCGGUCCCAAUGGGACAAAAGCUACUGUUCCUUUCCCCUUUGACAUCAAGACUCUUAUCAUUGCCACCACCAUGGGAUUCAUCUCCUUCCUUGGAGUGGUAUUAUUCUGUUUGGUAUUGCUGUUUCUGUGGAGCCGGGGCAAAGGUAACACUAAACACAACAUCGAGAUUGAGUACGUACCACGUAAAUCAGAUGCAGGACUAAGCAGUGGUGCUGCUGAUGCACCUCGCAAAUUUAAUAUGAAAAUGAUUUAAUCCAUGCUAGGAGUGUUAAAGACACCGUAAAAUAUGAAACCCACCCUGACUAACCAUUGGAUCCUGCAAUUUACUAUAUAGAGGAGGUCUUUAUGAUGUUGUGUGUUUGAUGUUGAAAAGGAAGGAGAAAAAUACUGUAUUUCUCUGUGAUGACAUUUUCUGCUUGGCCUUCAGGGACCAUUUCUUGAAAGACAAUUUUGUUGUAAAACAUUCAAGUGGAAUUUUAUGGGAAAAAGGAAAAGAUUAAUGAACCCUUCUCGAUGUUCGUGUGAACCGCCAAAACACAAAAGACCAUUGUCCUCCUUUGCUGUCCUUUUGCCUGCUUUAUGUGUUAUUGUAUAAUUUCUUUUUAAUAUUCAAACAGAGAUAGUUUUAUCAUACAGCAGCAGUAGACAUUUCUGGGUUGAUAAGCACAUUAACUAGUUCAGUGCUACACUAAAAUAUCAUUUGUUUCAGAUGAUCACUGCCACACUCCUUGAAUACUGUUGGUAUCCAAGUCAAACACUGCACUAUCACAUACACUAUACAGAGCAUUUUUUCAAGACAGUAGUGUCUUUUUUACACAAAUGAGACACACGAAUAACUGAAAGAUUAAAAGAAUACUAGGUUAAAAACACACAGUGCUUGCAUUAGUUGGUAUAAUUUAAAAUCAGUUUUAUUUAUAUAUUUAAUUUUGAGAAUAAAUAAUGAAAGUCUUAACCGAUUGAUAAGUCCAACGACCGAUUGAUAAGUCCUACGACCGAUUGAUAAGUCCUACGACCGAUUGAUAAUUCCUACAACCAAGAGAUUUGAAUGUAAUUUUUCAAAUCACAUAACUUGGCUCCCUGCCAGGUGACAUUCAACUCUCACAGGUCUGCAUUCAGUACAUUCAGCUUUUUCUACUGGUGUGGUUUGGUGCCAUCACACGUCCACUAGAUUCCUCACUACAGUGGAACUGCAUAGCUUUUGAUUUCCAUUCAGUAUGGUUUCUUUUCAGCUCUGUGAGGCCUGGAGUAUGCAUUGGUCAAUUUCACAUUUGGAAAUUGAAUGUAAAAUCAGACUGUAUAGGUAUUCAGUCAUUUCAACCUUGACAUACCGAUAUGGUUACAUGUUUUUAAAUUCCUUUCGGAGCAAAACUGUGUUAUGCAAAUUGAGGAAAAUGUAUUUGCAGACGUUUUACAGCAUUGAAACACUGCAUGCGCUAGUGUGUCACAGACUAUAGAAGCCUAUUAGGCUCAAAUAUGCAAAUAUGCAAAUGCAGGCCAUGCAAAUUACAGAGGAGUGCAUGAAACAGAGGAGAGUAUACCUUUCCACAACAGUUAGAUUUUCAGAUGUGUGGAUGCAGAGUUAUGGCAAAUGUAGUUAAACUUGGUAACACUUUAUUUGUAUCGUACAUGCAUAGAGCAUUCAUAACACAUUCAUAAGAAUUAUGUGUUUUAUAAAGCCAUGAUGGAGGGUUUAUAAAAACUCUAGUAGUUUUCAACACUACGGUGACAUCAGAUAGUUCUAUGAGAUUUUACAUGAAACAGAGAACAGAGAAAAUCCCACAAUUAUCAUUAUUCUUAUGAACAGUCACAUUUAUGACAGGCAUAAAAGGUAUACAUACUGUAGCAGUUCUUAUGUGUGUUAUAGAUGAGAAUUCGAUUACUACUUAGUUAGAGAACAUAAAAGGAUUCAUUUUGCUGGAAUGUGGGAUUUGUAAAUCAGUGAAGUUGUAUUAGAAUAGUGAUUCACAAUAGUUUAAAAGUAAAUGGUCUACCAGCAUUUCAGUUGAUGUGUACUCAGCUCCCUGCUUCUAUAAAAAGUAGAUUAAGUAAGUAUACCUACCAAAAAGGAACGAUGAGAGGCUUCAUGAAUGUGUUGUUAUAAAGACAAAAUUUUCCAAGAAAUUUUAAAAAAUAAUAAUUUAGUCAUCAAAACUCAAGCCAUAAUGGUAAGUGGGGGUUUUUGCUUAUCGCUUUUUCAUGUGAAGACAAAGCAACAUGCUUCAUGAAACUUCAUUCCAUGAAUUUUGACAUAAGCCUUAAAUAAAUCUUAAGGUAUUACUUAAUAUAUUUAUGCAAUGCGUGUGAGUGUUAUGAAGGCCCGAUAUAAGUACACUUCAAAUAAAGUGUUACUGUAAGUAGUGUAAAGAAAUUAUUGUGAUUUUUAGCAGACAGCAGGCUUCUGCGAAAGGUUCAUUCUCGAUCAUCUCAAUUCAGAGCAACUGAAAAGCACAGCAGUAAGUAGGAGUUUAACAGGUAAAUCUGUAUUUACUUACAGAUAAAAGAUAAAAGGCACUUUACCUAAAAGUCCCACAGCUGCCUUUUGUUAUGCUGAUUGCACACUGUAGCUCAGCUCUAGCUGAAUGCUAAUAAAUCUAUCGCAAACUAGUGGUGGAUAAGUAGUGGCUAACAUUGCCUAUUUAGACACUGAGAAGUUAGCAUGAAAAGUCAAUAUAACAUUAGCUCGGACAUGCAUAUAGUAAAAUGAAUACAAUGAGGGGUAAUAGGAAAUGUUUCAUAACAUUACAGAUUUGUUGUUUGUCUUAUAAAAGGGAGCUACUGCAUUAGCAUUACAAGCACAAGGAUAGAAAUAUUUUGCACUAUGACUCAUGUGGUCAUAGUUUUGCUGACUAGUUAUUGCUAAUGAGAGACUGAUAUGUGGGAUAUGUAAGUGACUAAGUAAACUCUGACACAUCUACGAGGAGCUAUAGAUGAGCCACUGCUAUCCCAUCAACCUGAAACUCAAACAUACAGAGCUUCAUAGUGUUCAAAAUGCUGUUUUCCUCUUUGUUAGUUAUAUCGGUAUAUCAGUGGAAGGGGACAGGUGUGAGUAGGCUCAUAGGUGCUUUUAAAUUGUAAAAUGGCUUUUUACCUAUCCUUUAGCUUCUCUUAGCCAUACUAAUCCUAAUUUGAUUGAAUAGAUUUAUGAAAAAUAAAAUAAUAGUAAUUUUUGAGACUACUAAAAUGAGAAAUUUCUGCUUGGACCAACCCUGCCAGAUCAGCUUCCGUUAAAUUUAUUUCCCUCUCUUUUUCUUCUGUGUCCAUCUUAAUAGUAGCCUACUGAAUAUUUUUCUAGAAUAUGGGACAGGUAAAGAACAAAUACAUUAAAUAGAUUUGGAAAAAAAAAACCUGUAAGAUAAUAACUUAAUAAAUAAUACUCAAUAAUAAGGAAAGCUAGUAAACAUUGACCUGUUAUAUGAAUAUUACAUGUAAUCAUGGAACUUGUCAUUGGACUCUUGAUUCCACAAGGCCAAGAUGAUAUAACAGUAAUGGUAGUACCUCUUAAUUCACUUUUAAAAAAUCGGAAAGAGAACAGUUUGAUGUCUGUGCUCAUUUAUGGGUAAUAUUAAUGAGGAAGGGCCAUUUAUGUUUGUUUCUUUGCACCUCUUUAAGUGGCAUGCAAAUGCUUAUUCUGAUUCAUAUGUUGUGCACAAAGUUUAACAGAAUGUGGAUCUAAAAAAAUUGCAGGAGCUUAAGGGAGUUAUAUAUUUUUUUUUUGUAUUAUAUAUUCUAUUACAGUUAUAUGAUUAAUCUAUACAGCAUCUUUGAUUAUACUAUAUUAGCCAGUAGGUCUUACAAAACUUGCUAUAUAUGCUAUUUUUGGUCUUGAAGUGACGGAGUGACCCCAGUUCUAUUUUGGCAUUUAUUAAUGCCAUUUUAUGUUUAUAUAACAACACAUCUCCUGGUUACUAUUUUUGGAUUAAAAACUUUCCAAUUUCAUAAUUGUAGCAAGUAAGUUACUGAAUGAGUGAGUAUGGAUAGUCAUUAAUUUGAUCAAAGUUAAUGUGCUUGACAACCCUGAUGUUCAUGUUGCCUAUAAUAAUUUGCUACAGCCUUAUGAUCCAAAAAUGAUUGAUUCAUUUACUAUUUGAAUAAACAUUCCCAAAACAGUCCCUAAACAUUUUUUUUAAUAGGACGUGUAAAAAUGAGAUACUUUUCCAUAAUAAUAUAAGUUGCACCAGCAGUUAAAGAGUGGAUAAUGAAAUUAUACUGAUUGUGAUUCUGGCUUUCCAGGAGAAAAUAUGUGUGUGAUGAUCUUACCUUAGUGAAAUUAUUUUUGUGGUUGUCAGAGCUUUGUGGUUGUGAGGGGGAUGAAGCAGGAUUGAGUGUCAGUUUAUAGACAAAGUGGGUUAAAUGUCAGCACAAUUGUUUUUUGAUCUUAUGCCGAUGGGAUGCACAGAUAAUGGAGGAGCACAGAUGGUUUAACUUAUGUUGAUAAAUUUAAAAGAAAAUUCUAUUCACAUACAGGAGUGAGCUGCUCAGACACCUUAUAAUGCCAUUUGUUGAUGCUUUUUAUGUUUCAAACCUCCAAACCUACUGUGCUCAUCUUGUGCAAACUCUCUUUCAGAAAAGACCAAGAAAAUGCUAUCUACUCAUUUUGUUCUACCUACAUCCCAAGAUGUUAUAUAAUGUGGUCCACAAUCUUCUUUUAUAUUGGGGGAAAAAUCUCAAAUAUGAAAAAAAAAUGUUCCGAUUGUUUUGUGCAAUAAAAGGUAAUAUGCAGUUUUUUUUUUAA